CACUGUGCAUCCAUCGAGCUCGUGCGAGCUUUUCAGUAUUCGAAUACGCGCGAGUAAGUGAACUUCGUAAUCGAAUCGGAUCGAAAAGCACAUAUUGUAACGCGUCAUCCCCCAUAAUGACUUUCGUUAUUAUCUUUUCUCGUGUGAACAACGUGAAACUUUAACAUGUUCAUUAUAUAUUAACAACAAUUAUAAAAUUAAAUUAUAUUAAAAUACAUUUUAAUAUUGCCCAGUAUUCUUAUUAUUAUUAUGGAAACUAGGAAGCUAGCAUUGUCACGAGCUUGCGUGUGCUGCACGAAUAUUAUUUUUUUGAUAUCAGGUUUCAUUCUAAUGUCAUUAGGAGCGUUACUAUUGGCUGACAAUGAAAGAAUUUUACUAUCGCGUUUAUUAGGACCCAGUGAUGUUCAACCCGAUCAACCAUUGUUCUAUUACUUAGCCUUUGCCAUCUCUGCCUUUGGAUUUUUCAUAGCGAUAACUGGUCUUUUUGGAUGUUGGGCGGCUUGUCUUUUCAAUCAAUGUAUUACGAUAUCGUACGUAGUGACAAUAACGUUAUUACUACUUAGCGAGUGUACCAUAUUCAUUGUUGCUAUAUUCUGGCCCUACUUAUUGGGAAUCGAUGUUAGACCGGCCCGAUUGAUAAGGGCACUACAACGUAGUUACGCAGUUCCAGGACGAGAACAAUUCACGGCAGCUCUUGACCUCGCACAAACCACAUUUUCCUGUUGCGGCAUAAACGGAAGCAACAAUUACGGCACUUCGUGGUGGAGGCUGCAGGAAGUUGGUCGAAGAGAAUUGGUGGUACCUCUCAGUUGCUGCACCCUGAAUAACGCCAAUGAGACAGACUCCUUCCUUAAUCCUGAACCUGCCAAUCUCACUCUCUGUCAAGCUCUAAACCCCGCCGAACAUCAAUAUGCCCGCCACACGACGGGAUGUCUGGAAAUGAUCGAAAGAUGGACACAAGAGCAAGCGUUAAUCUUACUCGCCAUCGGUUUGUCGAUUAUCUUCGUCGAGGUCAGCGUCCUCUUAAGUACUUUCUUCGCAUGCUCGAAGAAUAGCAAGAGAAAGAAGUCGCAAACCUCAACGUUUACUUCCACGCAAACUCUGAGUCCAUUCAGUGAGAACGAUCAUGAUUUUGGAUUAGGAAUAGAAAAUAGAAUGCAUAUGUCCGGUACAACGUUCGGAGCCAAAUCAUGAAAAUGGUCGGGGGGCAGCGAGAAUUUGGAAGAAAAAAAAGUGAUCGAGCACGAAUACGAUAAAGCAACCAGACACAGUGGAAGAAGUAUAAUCGAGGAUUGGAAAGAUUCUUCGAAAUAUGACGAGAACGUUAUUAGAAGCGAUCAACUUUACGAGGAACGAGCUGUCGACGUAAUCAUGGAUUAUCAUAAUCAUCAGCAUAAUCAUCGUCAAGUAGAAAAAUUUCCUUCGGAGUGCAACAAAGGAUCUUCUUUGUUAAGAAUCGAUAUUCCGAAGGAGAAUGAAGAGAGCAAAGAGAGUGUGAUAAAAAUUAAACGACCACAAGGUGGUGGAACCGUCAGAAGUAUACCAAUAAAAGAUUAUCAAUCUUCCAUAGCUCAGAAUAUAGGGACGUUAAGAAGAUCGAUGGCUCCGCAAUUGCAAUUUGAGUCUCUAGUUUCCGAACCUGAAAAGAAUAUUUCAAUGAUUCCUUCAAAACAGAGAACAUCCAUUAUUAAUAACGAUACCUCGAAUAAUCAACAACGUUCAAUGAUUCCAUUAGAGCCCGAAAAGUCGAGUAAUCCUUGCCAUGAAAUUUCAAAAUGCCUCGACACGCUAACGAGAAAAGAGGACAGUAUCAACGAUGGAAAGUCCAUGGAAAGCGUUCGUAAGGGAAGCGUUCGCGAUUUCAACGACACGGCCAAUUACUUUCGCAGAUCGUAUAGAAAAAGGUUAAGCUCCAAUUGUCGUAAAACGCGAGAUAGCAAAGACGAUAAAGAAUUUGCUCGUACGCGUGGUCACGUAGGUCAGAAAAUAUACGUUUAUGAGGAGAAUGCUCGUCGUAGCGAAAGAAAUUUCGAUCCUAUUCUAGAUCCGAAGAAACAUCGAACUAUCGGUGUACCUUUGGUUGGAAUGCAUAAUGCUUGUGGACUACCCGUUAUAGCAUCUUGGAACGAUACUGAAAUUUUUCAACCUCUUCGAACGAGUACCACAGUGUUAGGGACAUUGGCUCCUGUUUUAGGAGGAUCUAGAGUUUCUUCCAACCUUCGAAGAAGAACACAUCCCAAGAGAAGAGCUCCUGAUCCAAUUCGAUCCAAUCACACACUAGCUCGAGUCGUUAAACGCAACGAUUCUAAAAGAUCGACUAUAAAAGGUGAUGAUGAAAACAAUACGAAAAGAAAAAGGAAUCGCUUAUCUUUCAAAACUAUGAAUCGUCCUAAUGUAUCCUCAAAAAAUUCUUUCAAACGAACUGUCCGAGGUGGAAAAUAUACGCUUGGAAAAGCAUCUUUAACGAAUACUUUGGAUAGAAAAGUUUCCAAAGGGAAUGCAAAAAGAAGAACCCUUUAUGCCAGAGAUGACGGUGAGGAAGCUGUGCAGGCUUUAAAAAAUUUGUGCUUGAAUCCCUUGGCGCGAAAUGAAUCUCAGGAGGAUAUGAUGUGGUGAUCAAAAAUGUUACCUGCGACAAAGCGAAGGAUGUGAUUUUCGUUUUUGUUUAUUUGUAAAUAAAUGGACGCUAUAAAUUAUUCACUGACCCAAAGGUUUUCUAAUAAAUGAAAAUCCUUGCUGCCCUCGCUGAUAAAUCAAUCAUGUGUGUUUAGCGUAACUCGUUCUAUUUAUUUUAAUUGAAGUAUGAUUUCGAUGUAACCUGCGUGUUUAGAAUUUUAGAAUUGAUUGAUAUAUGAAUAUCUGCCCUCAUUGAUUAUAUGAAAUAUCAAAGUUAAUUGUUCUGUUACUAUGAUUUUUAAGAAUAUUGUUUUACGAUCUAGUAGGUAUGAAUAUAUCAUUUAAAUAAAAUAA